CUCCCUCCAGAGCGACGUGCUCUCAUUCAAAAUGGCUGGGGGCAAAGCCGGGAAGGACUCUGGCAAGACCAAAACUAAGACGGUGUCUCGUUCGCAGAGAGCUGGCUUACAGUUCCCUGUUGGUCGUAUUCAUCGGCAUUUAAAGUCAAGGACUACAAGUCAUGGACGAGUUGGGGCUACAGCGGCUGUGUAUAGUGCUGCUAUCCUGGAGUACCUCACAGCUGAGGUUCUUGAGUUAGCAGGAAAUGCGUCCAAAGACUUGAAAGUGAAGCGAAUUACUCCCCGUCACUUGCAGCUUGCAAUCCGAGGUGAUGAAGAACUUGAUUCUCUCAUCAAGGCAACAAUUGCUGGUGGAGGUGUAAUUCCACAUAUCCAUAAAUCUCUCAUUGGAAAGAAAGGGCAACAGAAAACCGUUUAAAGGAUGCUUGAAUCCUUUUUUUGGACUCUUAAAUGCUCAGUUGUCCAGUGUUGGUGGGUUUCCAGUGGACUGCAUCAGUGAAACACAACUUUGCCUUUCUGUAACCUUGAAGCUGGAGCUCAUUGAGAUUUCUAACAAACCAAAAUUCCUCAUUUGAAGUCUUAACCUUAUUUAAGUGUUACAUGGCUUCAGAGAAGCUGUUGUCUGUAGUGAUUCCUGACUGUUUUUAGAAAUGUUGGAUUUUAAUGGGAUUCAUGACUUUGUUGCUGAUCUGUAAUU